AUGUCUUCCGAAGUUAAAGACAUCCUUUAUAGCCUUAGAAAUCUACAGGUUAUGAACCCUGACAAGUUGCGGUUCAUGAAAAAGCUCUCUUCGUUCAGCAACUAUCCGGUUUGGGUCAGACAGUUUGAGAUGAAGAUCAAAAACAACUGUAGGCCCUUGUUUUUGUAUCUGAAAGAUGAGGAGAACAAGGUUUACAACUUUGACUACGAAGAAGUAUCUGAAAAGAAGAAUACUCAAGCUAUUGUGGGUCUGUUCAAUGACACCAUAUUUGGAAUGAUCAAUGCGACUGCAACUGGAAAGGCGCUAGAAAUCGUUGAACAAGUCUUCUUUUCUGAAGCUGAUUACAACGAGGUACAUUUCGGAAAGAUGCUGCUGCUGAGGAUUGCCCACGAGUAUGAGAAUCCAAAGUUGAUUGACGUUGUCAGUCUUUUGGAAGACUGGAUGAAGCCUUUGAAGACAGCCGAAGAACAUGAAGAAAUCUUUAAGUCAUUGCUGGCAAACAGACGGAUGCUUGGCAGUGAACUUUUCUUGGCUGCUUUCGCUGUGUACAAGGCACCACCAAACACCCAAAGAAGAUUGGUCGAUAAGUUUGGCAGAUCUUCCACAGUUGAUAUAGCAGAUCUGUUCCGGACGGGCCGUGGUUGGGCAGCGGAAGAGUUCAAGUCCUCCAAGGGCAAGAGUGAAUCGUCCGCGUUGGUUGUGCAGAAGAAGGAGUUCAGACCUUGCAGACAUUGUAAUGGAAACCAUUAUGACAACAAAUGCCCUAAACAGAAGAAGAAGUGGCAUCAAGCAAAGCUUAUGUCUGUGGGGAAUGAAGAUGAGCCUAGUGGACUUAUUGCUAGAGUCGCCUUUGCCGAUAACCAGCCAGAAAAAACUGGAAACUGGUACCUGGACAGUGGUUGUUCAAUGCACAUGACAGGGUCCAAGAACUCUUUUGAGACAUUGGAAAUGAAAGGCGGCGGUGCUGUUCACGGGAUCGGUGCCUCUUUGAAGAUUCAAGGGAACGGUAUUGUGGAGCUUGGGAAGUACACCGUAAAUGAUACGGCGUAUGUUCCUAACUUGCCUCGUAACUUGCUGUCAGUGUCAAAAAUGACUCAGAAGACAGGGAAGUGCGUGAUCUUUACCGAGUCUUAG